AGGACCGAGCUCCGUACUAUACGACUGCACUCUCUCAGUGAAACUCUCGUAGGAUCGUUCCUCGACUACUUGUACCCUCCUCGUUUGCGACGCGUGCACCAUGAGGAUUAUAUCUUUGGUAAUCCCAUUAUGCCUUCUGCUGCUAAUAGAAGCAAAGCGAGUGGAGAUCCGGCCUCGUAUUGCAGAACCGCAAGUUUAUUAUGAAGAAGACGACAGUCAGGCUGCUGAAGACGAUUACAACCCAGCAGUCUACCAACCACGUACUCGUGCCCUUCCUUCGCCACGUUCGAAGGACGCUCUGCACUCAUCCAAGCCACCACCAGUUCAGACCAUUCGCAAUUACAACAAGGUCAACGACGACGGAUCUUUCACUUUUGGCUACGAGGCAGCCGAUGGUUCGUUCAAGGAGGAAACUCGUGGAACCGAUUGCGUAGUGCGCGGUAAAUACGGUUACAUCGAUCCUGAUGGUAAUAAAAGAGAGUUCACCUACGUAUCCGGCAAUCCUUGCGAUCCAAAUGCACCAAAGGAUGACGAAGACGAUCUUGCCGACAAGCAAGAAGAAGACGAUAUCUCUGGACCAGCUAACUAUCCAUCCGUGAGACCAAUACCAAGACCAGUAUCAUCGAGACCAGCAUAUCAACAACCUACCACGCGAGCACCCACGACGAUCUUUCAAACGCAAUAUCAAUUAGACGACGAUGCUAGUCAAGAGUUGGGCGAUGAAGACCUCGUUAAGCCAUCGCAGUUAAGACCAAAUGCUUACAGAACGCCUCAACAGCCGUCCUACCUUCAAGUCACGCCAUCGACAGCUCUUUACGAGCCAUCGCCCACGGCCAGUCCUGCUCUCUACAGAUUAGCUUCAUCGACGACCCAAUAUCAGAGCACAGCUUCGCCCAUUCUCCGUGCCCAGCCUACAGUAUCAUCGACAGCGUAUCAAACCCUCGAAACAACGACUCGCCGCCCAGUCGCCCGUCACCCAAAGCCGCAAUCGGUCGCAAUCACUCCCCGACCCCACGUUGCACAAGUCGCUGCCCAAUAUGUGUCCCCUAGUAGCACCGAGCGUCCAGCAUUAGCAUACACCCGUCCCUCGGCCGUCACUGUAUCGCCCAAUCUGCGCAGCACAACCGCAUCUAGCACAUCUCACCUUGACUUUGCCGCCGAGCUCGAGCGUUAUGUGAACACCGUCGGCGUAGCCAGCCCUAAGCCCGUUCAACCGUCGCCCCAACCAUCGAAAGUAAAAUUAGCCGGUCAAUCGCCGAUCACCGCCUCCGCCGCCGACCCCAUCUACCAGUCGGAGCUCGUUUACGAUCCCGCUACCGGUCAGUACAAUACCCAACUUUAUCAAACGCUACCCCAAACCGUGGGUGACUUCACCCUAAGUCACAAACUCCAACCGUUCGUAGCCCAGCCCCAGUCCUACCUUGGACUCCAGCAGCUGCAGCAGCUUCAGCCCCAGCAGCCCCAGCGUCAGUCCCCGCUUUAUAAGCAACCGGCAACCCAGUCGGCUCAAUCCGCCCCCGCAGCAGCUAUCAGCCAACCCCAGGAAGUGCUGUACAGGAAGCAGCAAGCCCAACUGCUGCAACAGUCGCAGCAGCUGUACGCUCAACAGCAAAGACGUCAGCAACAGCAGCAACAACAACAACAACAGCAACAAUCCGCUCAGUCGCAUAGGCUUCAGCUGCUCGAGUCUCAGUCGCAACCCCAGUCGUUCUACUACGUCGCUCCUGCGAGGUCCUCCAGCGCUGCCAGUGCACCUCUCUCCGUAGGUCAGAUCGAUCACUAUCUUCGGGCCUCUCGUUACUGAUUCCAUCUAGCCUGCGAGUCUUUUUUUUAAAUUCUUUAUAGGGUACCCAUUCUCAACUUUUUAUACUAUCCGAUUACGUGUUCGGACCACCCGCGGCACUUUAAUAACGAGAUGGUGCUGUCAGUGGGCCUGGCGUGUGCGUAUCCGGGAUUUAAUCGAUCGUGCACGAUACCCAAUGUUUCGUUCAAGGUUAUCGAGGGGCAAUCACGACAUUUUUUACGACAUAGCAAUUAGUCGAAUAAUCUGGUUUGUUUUUAUGCGUAGGAUAUUGUAGGUUGUGUGUAGAAAUUAUUACUUGCGUCGUGUUUUACUUUUUAUUACUAGUCGAGUUGUGGCAAUUUCUUUCCUUAUUACGACCUUGAUGGUUUAUUAACUUUCACUGAAAUCUUUUGCUAUAAUAUUUGGUGCAUACAUUGUAUAAUUUUAGGAUUUUUUAAUGUUUAGGAAUGAUUGAGUAUAUUGAAUAUUUACUAAUAUUCAUAACUAAGAACAGAAUUUAUCGUUCUUUUAAAUAAUUUAGAUCAAUGUUUUACGGCGUUCAAAAUGUAACGAAAUUUGAAAACAUUAUUUAUUUAUUUCUAACACAGUAAUUGCAAUUAUAUAAUGUAUGUAUACUAAAUUUUGCUAAAUUGACUAUGAAAUAAUCACGGCGAAAUAACAGAAUUUUUGCAUAAACGCACAACAUUGACGAUAUCGACCAAGGUACUUCACUGAACAUCGACAUUACCCUGAGACUCAAUCUGUGAUAGAACUAGUAUUCAAAAUUAACAUGUAACUUUCUAACAUUCCGUACACGGAGAUCUUACAAUUUUACUCUCGUUCUAACUUGCACAAAACUUCACUUUCGUUAAAAUACGAAUUUCCCAAUUCUGGUUACUCAAAACUUGUUUAUUUCAUAAUGUUGCGAAUUCUAACAGCCCAAGCAGAUAAUAACUAACAUUACAUAUAACGUCGAUAGUAAAUAUCAAUUUAACGAUAAUUUGUUAUUCUAAUAGCAAAAUUUUUGCAAAGAUAUCAAACCAAUUUCCAGAUCAGCAUCGGAAGCACUUUUUCGUAGUCCAGAACGACUAUCUUUAGAGAGUGAAAGUCAAUGACCUGACGCAAUACUCACGCACACUAAACACAUUACCAUAGUAAUUUCUCGCCGCCGCGCCGUGCCGCGUCAAUUCGUACGGUAACAUGCUACACCGCACAGAUUCCAGACGUCGUGACCAGAAUUAUUCAUCGUGUGCACACGAUCAUUUUGAAUAGAAUUCCGACCUACGUACUCGCUGAUUUCAUUACAGAACACCGAUCCGUAUGAUCGAACCGGAUAAACAUUUGCUGUCGUAAUAACGGCGCUAAGUUUAAUCACUUAGAGACAGCGUUUCCCAGGGAAAUGACUCAUAGGAAAUGCGUAAAAAGUCGACAAUGAAUUAAUUACAAAAUCAAACUAAACCGCGAUUUAUUGAUCACGUGUCAUUAUUUAUAUCAGAGAAAAAAGUUGUUUUUUUUCUUUUUAUAUUUUCGACAUCAAUCGAAUUGGCAUUUGAUGUAUGUACCUGAGAUAUUAAUUUAUGAAAAGUAUUACAGUAGAAAUAUUUUAUUUGAACUGAAAUUCCCUAAUAUAGUACGAACUUGUCAGAAUAUGGGUAGUUUAUUUGCACAACGAACAAAAGUUUGGAAUCAUUAUGUGUCACGUAGAAUUUGAGAAUUUAAAACAAACCUAAAAUUUUGCUACUUUGAAAAUGUUUUCAGUUAAGGAUUAAUCGAAGUAGAGAGAGAAUAUUUAUCGAUACGUGUAAUACUAAUUUCAAAUGCAUACCAGAAUUACAACUGGGAAAAUAACUCCAAGCUGUUGAUCGUAUGUAAAUGGAAUUCGUAUAAUAAGAGUUUGUGUUGAAAUAAGUAGUUUCAGUCAAGCGUUCGGUCAAUUAAAUAAGUGAAGUUCUACUGUAGUACAAACUAAUUUGACUAAAAUUGACUACGUUUGAAAAGCCAGUAACUUAAUACUUUUAAUUAAGCUACGGAUAUUUAUGCAUUUACGAAAGACUUUAGUAUGCAAAACUAUUCAGAAUGUAUAUAACAUACCAAAUUAUACAAAAUAUAUAAAAGUAUAAUAUUAAAAAUAUAAGACAAAUCUUUCUGUACCUACAUUUACGUUCUAUUCAUAAAGACACGAAUUUGCAUAAACAUCCGCAGGCCCAUUCGAAGAUUACGUAUAACGUUAGUGUUCUAUCCGCGUUUCUAUAAAAUUCCAAAUUCUCGUCCGACUUUCACCCUGUUCAUCAUACUAUUUCCGUCAGCACCUGCAGUUAGCGGCAUUCAAUUCCUAAACUAUCGGAAUUCAAAUUGAUUGCGAGCUACAUAUCAGGAACAAAAUCAUCAUUUUGCAAUGGUUAUGGCAAAUUUUGCAAGCGUGCCCGGACUGAGAGAUUAAUCCGGUGCCUUCUAUGGACAACUGUAGCAUACUUUCAUUGGCGUGGUUCGCCGCGCAGAGACAUUCUACUUGGACUGAACGAACUUUCUAUUUGCAUUCCCUGUCGUAAGUGUGAGAAUCGAUUCAAAUCUAACGCGUCCUACGACUUGAUUCCGUGGAAAGCUAUGCGCACGUAUGCCCGUGGAAACACGUGGUGCGAUCGUAGAUCGAGAGGCGUGGAUUGGCGUGGAUCACGUGAAAACGUUUCACACGCAUCGAAAGGUUCAACUCGAUGCAUAUAUUGGUAACACUUGGCACUUUUACGAAUUACUUUCUCCGGUACGCGACGCCAGGUCGACGAUUGUCAAGUUCGUUAUAUUUAUCGUAUCUAUUUAUUAGCGGUAAGCUUGAACAAAGAGUAAGUAAAAACGGAGGAAACGGAUUUUAUAGUUGGGUACUCGAGCAGGAAAUAGCGGUGUGCGUUACAAAGGAAUAGCAUAUUUCACUUGUCUUACUAAAAGUAACAUAGCAUCCAAGAAAAAGAGCACAUUUCAUCUUUUGUUACAAAUAGUAGCAUAUUUAGAUUUUCCCAAGAAAAACUAAUACACUGUAUUGUUAACUAAAUGUGUUAGUUUUUGUGGCAAAUGACUUCUUAUCGCUACAAGGAAAAUAUGCUACCUUUUUUUUUUAAAUCGCAUUAGUUUUCCUAGUGGAUAAUAUAAUACGAUUCCUUCUCUUCGUAGCAAAAUGUAGAAAUGUGCUUCUCUUGCCGCAAAAAAUACGAUGCUUUGAGUCACAUUAAUAUCGAACGUAUUCUUUUUCAUAAGACAAAUGAAAUGUGUUAGUCUUCGUAACGUAGAUCGAUAGGCUGUAAGGGUAGGGCGUUUCAGGAAUAUGAACACAGAUCUAGCAUAAUUACGUAACAUAACGGUGUACUUCUAGCUUUUUCUUGUUGGUGGUACCGUGCAGAAGUGUCAAUAUGCACUUCCUUACUCACAUUGUAAAUACUUUUUCUCGUUAGCAUUAAUAUACCUAGCGGCUACUUAGUGAUUUAUCCGAUUCAGUACUACUAGAUCGGUAGGGAACACGCCCCACGUACGUUUAUAGUUGUUUUUAUAUUUGUAAACGUGAUCGAAAGAAAAAUGUAUCGUAACGAAAAAAUCAUUGUGUCUUUUUA